GCUUCUCCACAAUUUCUUCUCUCUCCUAAUUUUUAUUAUUAUAUUAUUUUAUUUUCAAUUUCUCACUCUAUAUAUAUAUAUAUCUACAUAUGUGUAUGUAUACUUCAGAAGGGCAGCUCAUUAAGCAUUGAUCGGUGGGAGUUUGCUUGAUCAGCGAGAUCAAUGGCUCAACAGCUUUACUCGGAGGCCGAAUCCAACGGCUCAUAUUCAUCCCCGUCAUCCGGGUCGGGCUCAGCGAUUGCUCCCCAGCACAAGAGGGGCAGAGGGUCCGGGUCCGGGUCCGGGGAUGAGAAGCAUCCGGUUUACAGAGGCGUACGAAUGCGAGCGUGGGGUAAGUGGGUGUCGGAGAUCCGGGAGCCCCGGAAGAAGUCCCGGAUCUGGCUGGGGACCUUCGCAACGCCGGAGAUGGCGGCGCGCGCCCACGACGUGGCGACGCUGGCCAUUAAAGGCGGCGGCGUCCUCAACUUCCCGGAGAUAUCUCACCUCCUGCCCCGGCCGGCGACGUCCUCGCCGCGGGACGUCCAGGCGGCGGCCACCAAGGCGGCGCACAUGGACCACCUCAAACCGCCGUCGAUGACGACGUCGUCUUCGUCUUCGUCGCUUGUAUCCACCGUGACGUCGGCGGACGAGGCGUCGACGACGGAGCAGGAGGCGGCGCCGGCGCCGGAGAAGGAGCAAGAUGAACUGGGCGAGAUCGUGGAGCUGCCCAGCCUGGAAACGGUGUACGACCCGAGCAGGGAGGAGUUCCUGUGCCCGUACCCGUACCCGCAGGCCCAUGAUUACACGUGGGAAUGCUACAGUCACCCGUCGGUGUACAGUCUGGACGAUUACGGCUUUUUUGACGAUACGACGUGUCCAAAUUUUGAAGGUCUGUUGUGGCAACAUCAAUUUUGAGGGCCAAAUGGAAUUUACUCAUUAGGCUUUAUUUUAUUUAUUAAUCUGUGUGUUUUUAUACUCUUUUUUUUUUUUAUUAUUAUUUCAGAAAAAUUUAGACCCAUUUUGUACUUAUUUUCCCUUUGUAUUCUUAUUUUACUUUUAAUUUAGUGUUUUUUUGUCUUAA